AUGCCAGCGAGAGCAAGGAAGAUAAGCGAGAAGAGGCGGCUGGAGAAUCAGCAAGAUUAUGGAAUACCCCCGAAGGUUUUUGAAGAGCUCAUGGACGAGUCAUAUGCAGUUAUACUUGAUCACAUUCGCCCAGAUAUCCCCGUUCCUGGUGCAGCCCUGUGCAUUAUUCAAGCCACGGACCUAGACUCAAUUACCCAAAGGGUCCCGCAAGCCAAUGCCGGACUUCAUUUCACCCUUCCUGAAUGGGACUGA